UCCUAAAAAGAUAUCCCGACUAUUUUAUGAAAUGCACACCUGUGAAAAUAUGCUACUGUGUUAAAACGUUUCUAGUCUACGUCGCUGGGGCUUUUACGUAGUAACUUCUCUUCUCUCUCUAAACAAUAAAACAAUGGAGUCUAUUAGAAAUAAGACGCGCUUUCCUCUCUUCAAUUUCAGAUAGUUUGACUCCAACGCACGACAAAAUCUACUCUUUCUCUCUCUACCUGUGUUUCACGAUUCAUAAAUCAAUAACAACAAUUCCAUAGUUUUUAUCAUAGGUUUGGUUUGUCUUUUAUUCUUAUGAUAUAGUUACAAUCUUUCUGAGCUUAUAUUGCUCGUAUAUUUACAGCCUUUGUAGUUGUUUGUGAAGAGUAGUAUCUUGAUGCCACUUGUGACUUUGUAGUCAAAAGAAGGUUCGUAGUCAACUUCUGGGAGAAAUAGUUUACAGUAGCAAUUCUUGAGAUGCAGGCAUCCCAGGAAGCUCUAGCAUGUUCAAGUACUCAUAAUUCUCACCUUCUUCUGCCUAGUAAAAGCCAGGGUGCCGAACUUUCUUUUCAGGCUUAUGCUGAGCAAUUCUACACUCUUGAGUCUACACCAGUUACUGAUUAUGCUGUCUUAAGUUCACCUACAGCUGCGAGCGUCUCUUCCAAUAAGAGUCCCUUUUCUCCGCAACUUUCUCAUUUUUAUGUGUCAGACGUCCAUCACUCAUCGGAUAAUAGUUCAUCUUUGAAUGGUUCUUUUGAAGCCGAUGAUGAGAACAAUUGGAUGCAAUCGCUGUGGAUGUUGAGGAAUGAGUUUAUGGAACCUGAAUGUGGAUCUGUAACUGAUGAAUCGGUGCAGCCGGGUUACGGCACUAGGUACCAUAGAAUCGUAGAGAUGGCCCCGAACAUGGACUUGAAACAACUGCUCAUAGCUUGUGCCGAAAUAGUAUCUGAAGCGGAUAUCGUCCCUUUCUCUGAACGAAAAGUCGCAGCAUCAGCUGCGGAAACUGUGAUGGACAUCAUACAGGGAAGGGUUUCGGUAUCAGGUGAUCCUUUACAGAGAUUAGGUGCGUAUAUAUUGGAAGCGCUCAGGGCAAGAUUGCUUUUGUCAGGAAGCUUAAUCUUCAAAAAGUUGAAGUGCAACGAACCAUCGGGUCCCGAGUUGAUGUCUCACAUGCAGUUGCUUUCUCAAAUCUGCCCAUACUACAGAUUCGCUUAUACGUCUGCCACUGCUGUCAUUUUGGAAGCCAUGCAAAACGAAAAAAGAAUCCACAUCAUCGAUUUUCAGAUUGCGCAGGGCAGUCAAUGGUUGUCUUUCAUUCAGGCUGUCUCUCGCCGGCCUGAUGGCCCACCAUAUGUUUGCAUCACAGGCGUAGAUGAUUCUGAAUCAUCUCAUGCUCGUGGCGGAGGGCUGGAGUUAGUUGGUCAGAGAUUGGCCCGAUUAGCUGAGUCCUGUGGAGUCCCUUUUGAGUUCCAUGGCGCAGCAACGUCAGUGUGUGAUGUACAACUGGAGAAUCUUAAGGUACAGCAUGGGGAAGCACUGGCUGUAAACUUCCCUUACGUGCUGCAUCACAUACCCGAUGAGAGCGUGAGCACUAGCAAUCAUCGAGACCGCCUCCUCAGACUGGUGAAGAGCUUGUCUCCCAAGGUUAUGACCCUUGUUGAGCAGGAAUCCAACACCAACACUGCUGCAUUCUCCCAACGAUUCCGUGAAACUCUGGAUUACUAUGCAGCGAUGUUCGAGUCCAUAGAUGCAGCAGCGUUGGCAAGAGACGACAAGCAGCGGAUUAAUGCGGAGGAGCAUUGCGUGGCGAAGGACGUCGUCAGCAUUAUAGCUUGCGAGGGGGACGAGCGGAGGGAGAGGCACGAGCUCUUUGGUAAAUGGAAGUCGAGACUAACAAUGGCUGGAUUCUCAUCAAUUCCACUCAAUCCAUCUGUAGCUACUACUGUAAGGGAUAUGUUGAAAGAAUAUAGCCCCAAUUACGCAAUAGCAGAGGCCAAUGGUGCUCUUUAUAUUGGAUGGAAAAACAAAGCUCUUGUAUCAUUUUCUGCUUGGGGAUAAACGCAGAAGGUGAGAGAGACAGAGGAUUGAUAUGUUAUCAAUCAUUUUACUUUCCAUAUGAAAGUUUUGUGACUGGUGAUUACCAAACCCUCAUGUGGGAAAAAUGUAAUAUCUCAUCAUUCUCUGUAAUGACCAAUGAGAGAGAGAAUAUAGCUAAUUACUACUUGGGUGCAGAAAA